AUGCCCUCUUGUUAACAGGCACGUGUUGGUUUUAUUUUCACAAUAUCAGUAAGGUCCAAAGCUAUAUUUGCCAUAUGGGUUUUGGAAAUUGUAAUCUCCCUUUCAGUCACUAUUCAGCUUUAUCCAGUACAUCAAGAGGCACCAUGAAUGGAACCAUUUGGAGCAAAGCUUACCAUAUUGCUAUGAUUGCCUGGUAUACUUUCUUAUUUACUAUAUUGCUUCUUGUUAAUCCGGAUGAUCUGCCAGAUGGGCUUUUUCUGUAUGGUGGCCCGUGGAAAUACCUCACCUUCCUAAAUUUGGUUCUGCAGAUGGUCUUCUUUGGAUUUGCUGUUGUGGUUGACCUCCAGCAUUUAUUUGUCAAAGGGAAAGAUUUUAAGAGGCUUAAUCUAUACAAAGACCUUCUCUAUUCAGUUAUGGCGUUCCCUGUGGGUGCAUUUGUAGUUGCAAUCUUUUGGAUAAUCUUCACAUAUGAUAGAGAGCUGGUUUACCCCAACAGUAUCGAUGAACUAUUUCCACCCUGGCUUAAUCAUUCAAUGCACACAAUCGUAUUGCCACUGCUUCUGUUAGAAAGCCUGCUUCAGCCACACGCCUACCCAAAGAGAAAAAAUGGAUUGGCAAUUCUGGGGCUCAUUUCAGUGGCCUACGUAAGUUGGGUCUGCUGGAUUUACUUCGCAGUUGGCAUUUGGGUUUAUCCUCUCCUCGGAAAGCUUAGCCCUUUGGGUUUGGCAGCUUUGUUCUCUGUUAGCGUUGGACUUGUGAUAUCCCUGUUUCUCCUUGGAGAAGCGCUAAACAGUUACGUCUGGGGUGAAUACAAGAUGAAAAGGAAAUAAAAAGUGUUUGCUUGGAAAAUCUCAGUAAUAAAGCACUUUUUCCUUUGUGAGUUGCCAUGAAGGGAAGAUAUGAUCACUGGAAAAGCCCAAAAAGGAUCACAACUGAUGUAACUUGUAUAUGCAUUUUGGAGUUUUAAUUAUUUAACAUUCAAUUAACUUAAUUUGUUAAAUAUAAAAAACAGUACUGAAAGUUGAGUGUCUCUUCAAAGAUUGCUUUAAGUUGGUUGUGUAUUACAGAGUAAAAUAAAAACGCAAUGUUGCAAUGUGUUCUGUCCUUAUGUUGCAAUUUGAUUGUAUUAUAUUAUUGGCUUUUAUCCUCCUAAGAAGAGUUAUUUUAAUCACUGAACAUUUGUGCAAAUGUCUAAACUUUCCUGCCACGGAUGACACAAGAGACACGAAUGUUGAUGUGAUGUGAUAGCUGUUAAUUUCAGCACAUAGGCUCUAGCCUUGACGUCAGACUUGGGGUAAGUUCUGAUCAACUAGAAAAACUCAUCUCUGGAGAUUGAUCGCCCACACAAGGUUGAGGCAACUGAUACAUUUGUACUGUAUUUCACCUGCAUGCAAAAAUAAAAUAAAAAAAUUGCCGACAUUA